AGACCAAGCUUCGGGCGCGGUCACUUACUCAGCCUGCAGUCGCCCGCAAACCCUUGAUCAACUCACAUAUUUCACACCUACUCGAAUUUCCCUCUCUGGUUCCAUCUCCGGUUUUGAGUCGCAUCUCCUUAAACUCUCUCUCCUGUACCCUCCCCGCACACGUAAUUACACAACUAAUGUUGUUUUUCCCGUCAUGCCUUGUGAUCACACUACCAUAUAACGUGUUGUUUUUAAUUAAAUCCUAAUUUCUUUUUGUUACACCCCCGUCUCUGUGACUGAACCGCCUGGAAUAAUUCUGGUCUGAACGUGUGUUUCCUGCAAGCUGUAAUGCGUAGUGAAUUGGACAUUGUAUGAAGAAUGCUUCGUGUUGAUUGGUCGCGCUUUCGUACAGGAUAUCCAAUUAUUGUGAAGAAUUUAGAGUGUAAUAAUCGCACGUGUGCGAUGUCACAGGCCAUUUAAAGCGUGUGCUUUGUUUCCGGACAUUUUGUAACACCAGGUGCACUUGAUGAGAAUUGUUUUUGGAUAACUAUCUGUGUUAUAGAUGCGAGUGACCAAGGAAAUAAUAUUUGCAGUUCGCUUCGUGGUGUUUUCUUCAAAUUCAGACUCUUGAAUGUUUGUGCUGAAAUGAUAUUUUAAUUAAGGAUAUUAGUUGAAUGCCAUUGUAAAGUUUAAUGUUUAAUAGUGCGGUGAAAUACGUUGUUAAACCAGACUGGUGGAAUUAUAAACAGUGCGGACAUAAGUAGAAACAGAGAGCAUUCACAUUCUUGAACGAACCGGGAAACAUUUGAGGUCUCAUUAUUCGUCUGACGAGCGGCAUGUCUGGUCUCCGGUGGUGCCCAGACGCGCGCGUGUAAACCGUCUGUGAAUUUCAAGCACCAAAUUCAAAGCUCAGUUCCGUUCUGUAGGAUUUUUAACUGGUUUGACGAAGUCUGAUGAUGGAUAGCAAUUCGGUUUCCCCGAUGCCAGAACUUGCCCCCAUGGCCGAGUUCGACAAGUCGCCCCCUAGUCCACCGGAGACACCACCCCUUACGACCGCCAUGGAAGAUCUGCCUCCACCCCCUACUGCUGCCAGCAUUCCCGUAUCCGAGGGUACGCAAUCUGUGAACGAGAACAUUUCUCAAAAACACCGCCACUAUGAAGGUGACAACGAAUGGGCUUGCACCAACUGGUUUGAGUACAUGUUAGUGGUGGUAUUGGCUAGUCUUCUUCUCCUGGGUUCUCUCACCAUCACGUUGUUCUGGGUUCUGUAUUACCGUGGAGGAUUCACAUGGACCGAAGAUCCCAAACACCAGUUCAACCUCCACCCUGUGCUCAUGGUCGCUGGCUUCAUAACUUUCAGUGGCUUCUCGAUUCUGUUGUACCGCGUGUGUCGUUGCUGUCGCCGGAUCUACGUGAAGCUGUUCCAUACGAUAUUCCACGCGUUGGCCAUCCCAUGUAUUGUCGUGGGCUUCAUCGCGGUCCUCGACUCACAUAAUCUUAAUCCUGCGGGGGCCAUACCGAAUUUCUACUCGCUCCACAGUUGGAUGGGUCUUGUCACAAUGGGGCUAUUUGCGCUUCAGUUUGUAGUAGGCUUCUUCAGUUUCCUUAUCCUACUGUGUUGCGAGGGAGCCACUGCAGCUUUCCGUGCUUCAUUGGUUCCAAUCCAUGCCACGUUUGGCAUAACUACAUUCAUGCUUGCUGUUGCUACCUGUCUUACAGGGCUCACAGAGAAAGCCUUCUUCGAACUGGGCAAUAAAUACUCAUCCAUGCCAGAGGAAGGGAUAGUGAUGAAUGCUCUGGCUAUGGUGUUGGUAGCUUUGGGAAUCCUUCUAUCCUAUGCGGUGCGGAGGGAAUCUUUCCGCUCCGAGGUUAAAACCUUCAUCACAGAGAGACUGUAGAGAACACCCCUGCCUGCCUGCAUCAUUCUGCUCUGUAAUGGGGGAACAGUGCACUAACUCAAUUUAUGACUUGCCAAUGAAGCAAAUUAUUUUCAAGCUUUACUUUAAUGCUUAACCACGAAAUGUCAUCAUGACAAAAUAGCUUUGUUUUGUGAAGCUACUGUAAGUUUAAAGACUCAUAUGGGAACAAAAAUGUACAUUUAAAACUGAUUGUAUCUUUUGUGUGCAUGUUAAUUAAAUACAUGUUGGUUGUAUUCCAUAUUUGCAAAAUGAUGCAAAUGUACAAUGCUGUUGGACCAAGUGAAGACUUUCCCCCUAGAUAAUGAAAACAGUUUUCAUUAUACUGAA